GAGUGCGCGAGACAUUCGAGGAGUUCCGAUUGCGUGUGGUGCAACAAAGUUGGUAAACGUACGAGUUAACAAAUUGGUCACAUGACACACAUGAUCGCAGACAAAAUGGCCGACAAUGGAAUAGGACUGUCGAUGUUCCAUAUUUGCAUAUUAUUGUUUCUAGGAGCCAGUUGUGGACAAGAGCUGGUGGUCACACAUGCCCCCCACUAUGUCACAUUCCAGGAACAGAGAGAGCCAUUAGCAACAAGUGAUGUUCCAAAUGUCAUCACUCAUACACUGGGCAUCCAAACAGACAGGGAUAUCAAUUGGAAUGGACUUGCACAAAAUUCCCUCUUCAAACGCCCCAAGGCAAAUGUCUUGGUCUCAAUCGUUGGACACAGAGACCUGAAGAAGAAGCCGCUGGGUGUCAGAAAUCUGGCACGGUUCCCUGUGAAUUCAGAUAUCCCUGCGGUGGACGUUGCCUCUCUGAUGAACUCCCUCCAGGGUGUUUUCUUUGAUCAGAACCCAUUGUUACUCGAUGCUGGCAUGGAUAACAGUUUUUUUGAUGUCCACUCCGACUUUGACGUAUUCAGUAAACUUCCUGAUACAAUGAGAAAAAUGGCCGACCGCCUUUUGGACUCUGACUCUGUGCUGCAAAGACAUUCUACAGGGAGCCUGAACUCGAGCAAACUGAGUGACCUUAAGCUGAUGGGAGAAUUACAACUCAUACAGGAUGUUAUAAACACGGUUCGUGAUCGCCCAGAGAUGCUCAGAAGUCAAACUCCUGACCUUUUCUCCUUCACUGUCACUGGUUUGAGCGAUGUAGUUAAAAAACAUGGUGGGAAUUCACCCCAGACAGCUGACGCCCAGAAGUUGAUAUCGGACUUUAUUACCAAGAUGACAGACGACUUCAGGAAAUUGUACAAGGAUAAUGUAGUAGUGGAAGUACUGACAGUGAAUCCUGAGCAGGGGGGAUAUGUAAGGAAGACAAGGAGUCUGAUGGCAGUAGAUGUUGAUUCGGAACGUGACAUCAAUCUCUCUAAAGAUUAUGACGAGAAUUACCCUGCCAUUUUUAACAUCAUUCUGUGGACAAUGAUCAUAUUGUUUGUGCUCAUCUUUGCUGUGUCGUAUGGGAUGUGGAACAUCGACCCAGGCCGAGACAGUAUCAUUUACAGAAUGACCACCACACGACUAAAGAAAGACUAAUCGUUAUCUGUAGAUAUUUCCUGUGAUUUUCUGUUAGUCUUUAUUUUAUUUAUACUAUACUGCUCUAUAAGAUCAUCAAGUAUUGUUCAUGGGAGAAAGAAACAGGGGUCAGAGAACUGUGUUCUCUUUCUAAAUUAGUGGUGCAGUUGUAAAUCUCAAUGCCAAAAAAAAAAUUACAAAAAAAUUCCAGUUAUUAUAAAACAUUGUUUGUGCCAUGUUGUCCUUGCCAUGACAGAAAUGUGCUAAACUUGAAUAGGCUAAAAUAAGGACACAUACACGUACAGUAAAGAAUAUGUUCAGGGUUUUUUCCCACAGAUUUUAUUAGGAGGGUGUGGUUAGUUUUGAUUAUGAGCACUGAGCAGUACACUUAUUGUUCUAUUACAUGGUAGGGGUGUACACAGCAAAAUUUUCAAUAUUUUUCAAUGAACAAUACAAGUCUGAAUUCCAUUACAUGUCGUCGCCCAAAUGUUCUUGUAACAAAUUAAAUAUUGAUCUAGUCUGCUGCUUGGGAGGGUAAUAUAUGUAUGUAGUAAUUGAUGCUUAGUUUAAGGGAACAGCUUUUCUUAACUGAGUGCUUGUAUGUGUGAUGUUGAUGUGAAUAAGAUAGAAUAUUUACAUUACGUUGUCUCUGUGAAUUUAAUUAUGCAUUAAUUGUACUAGUGUACGUUUUUAUCUUUUAUCUUAUAAUUUUAUGUUAAUGCUGUCUGAUGUGAUCCCAUGUUACUAAAUUGGAUACAACCCCCCCCCCCCCUCCAAAUGAAAAGGCCUUAAUAGUGGUGGAUAUAUGAUAAGAUGGUCACAGAUUGUCUCUAAAUUUUGAAGGAUUGUGCAAAUCACAAAAUACGAUGUAGUAAACAUGACAAGGGGGAUAACUUUGACAUCUCUAUACCUUUUUUAGGGGGAGGGAGGAUGCAAUGUUCCCAAAAAGUCUUUCUGGGAGAAAAAAACAUUCUAGGUCUGCUACAAUUUAGUACUUUUUUUUCAAUGUCAUUCCUUUUUUGUAAUCUGAUGGAAGGUUUACCGAGGUGUAAUCUGAUGGAAGGUUUACCGAGGUGUAAUCUGAUGGAAGGUUUACCGAGGUGUAUUCUGAUGGAAGGUUUACCGAGGUGUAUUCUGAUGGAAGGUUUACCGAGGUGUAAUCUGAUGGAAGGUUUACUGAGGUGUAAUCUGACGGAAUGUUUACAGAGAUGUAAUCUGAUGGAAGGUUUACUGAGGUGUAAUCUGAUGGAAGGUUUACCGAGGUGUAAUCUGAUGGAAGGUUUACUGAGGUGAGAUCUAGAAUGAACACAUUCCUUUGUUGGUGAUAUUAAUGUGUGCGGGUAACCAUUGUGUAAUAGAUAGUGAUUAGAUGUACGAGUGGGCUGUUGUGAUACUAAUUAGUCAUUAAUAUACAUUGUAUAUCUGACAAAAUUCCAUAUUGUUACUGUAUGUUUAUGAUAAGCAAGAAAGUAUAAACAGAACAAAUAAAUGUAUGUAUACAUCUAAGAUUGGAAUUUCUGAUUGUAGAACAGAACAAAUAAAUGUAUGUAUACACCUAA